CGCAAGGCUGUGUCACGCAGGCGCGUUCGCGCGGCGUAGGUGGCGCUAGAGGCGACCCGGGGGAUUGUAGGGCGACGGCGCUGCCGCCAUUUUGUGGGGUGUUUGUCGCAGCGGCCGAGGAAGGAAGACGGCAGUUUGGCGACAUUUCUCGCCCGAAGGGCCAUUUGCUUUUGCGGAGAUGCGGCAUUCCAAACGAACUCACUGCCCUGAUUGGGAUAACAGAGAAAGCUGGGGACAUGAAAGCUACCGUGGAAGUCACAAGCGGAAGAGGAGAUCUCAUAGUAGCACACAAGAGAACAGGCAUUGUAAACCAUGUCACCAGUUUAAAGAAUCUGAUUGAUGUUCCAUUGGGACUGUUUACCAGAUUGCUUUCUAAAUUAGCCAGCUGGGGUUACUUUAAAAAACAGACCUGUGGAUAUAUAAAAACGAAUGCCCUUACCCUCAUCCGUCUUGGCUAUUUUAAAGGCUAUAGUGAAAUAUUCACUGGGCAUUCAGUGGAUAUUUUAAAAAAUUAAAUCAGUCUGUUCAUCCUGUCUACCCUUUCCAUAGCCUGUGUAAUUCUGUAGACUUUGUUUAUAUAAUCUCUCAGCCUUGGUCAUUGGCCAUUGUCUAUUGAAGAGACUCUCAUCCUUUUAGUUUGUCCUCAUGGUGUUCACUCCAUGUUUUGUUACUCUAUAUUAUUGUUUAUGGCUUAGCAGCUCUAACUUCAUGCAGUAUUCCAGCUAAAGAUUGUUACUGUUAGUUUUUUCUAGUAGAAGGAUUUUGGACUUUUAUGGGAAGGAUGCCCUUAAGAGUAUGGUCACUUCUAGCUUAUUGUGUUGGUGGUCUCCCUGACAGUUCCAAGCCAACUGAUCAGAUCUCUAAUCUAGACUGCCCACAGUCUUACCCAAAUAUCCGGAGUUGUUUCUCCAAUAAAUACCACUUAAAGCUGACGCUAGGGAGAGAGAACCAGGUUUCUGUAUCUCCCCAGCCUGGAUUUGAUACUAGCCCUAUUGGGUAGUAGUUGUAAAGAUGCUUCUAUUUCUGCCAAAACGAGCCCCCUGGGAAAAAGAAUGACAUCGUACUCUGGGGAAAGGAAAGGGGUUGGUGAGGGCAAUCUAGUCAACAUCCGUCACUCCAUUGCUUGUUAGGAUUAUUUUAGCCGAUUUGUCUGACUGGGCAGGUGUCCCCUCUCUCCCUCAGUGCUCCAUGUGCAUCCCUCUUGAAGCUUCGCACUCUGUUGAAGAGGACACUCAUCCCAGUCAUUAUUUAGAAGCAAGGUCCUUGAAUGAGCGAGAUUAUCGGGACCGGAGAUACGUUGACGAAUACAGGAAUGACUACUGUGAAGGAUAUGUUCCUAGACAUUAUCACAGAGACAUUGAAAGCGGUUAUCGAAUCCACUGCAGUAAAUCUUCAGUCCGCAGCAGGAGAAGCAGUCCUAAAAGGAAGCGCAAUAGACACUGUUCAAGUCAUCAGUCACGUUCGAAGAGCCACCGAAGGAAAAGAUCCAGGAGUAUAGAGGAUGAUGAGGAGGGUCACCUGAUCUGUCAAAGUGGAGACGUUCUAAGAGCAAGAUAUGAAAUCGUGGACACUUUGGGUGAAGGAGCCUUUGGCAAAGUUGUAGAGUGCAUUGAUCAUGGCAUGGAUGGCAUGCAUGUAGCAGUGAAAAUCGUAAAAAACGUAGGCCGUUACCGUGAAGCAGCUCGUUCAGAAAUCCAAGUAUUAGAGCACUUAAAUAGUACUGAUCCCAAUAGUGUCUUCCGAUGUGUCCAGAUGCUGGAAUGGUUUGAUCAUCAUGGUCAUGUUUGUAUUGUGUUUGAACUGCUGGGGCUUAGUACUUACGAUUUCAUUAAAGAAAACAGCUUUCUGCCAUUUCAAAUUGACCACAUCAGGCAGAUGGCAUAUCAGAUCUGCCAGUCAAUAAAUUUUUUACAUCAUAAUAAAUUAACCCAUACAGAUCUGAAGCCUGAAAAUAUUUUAUUUGUGAAGUCUGACUAUGUAGUCAAAUAUAAUUCUAAAAUGAAACGUGAUGAACGCACACUGAAAAACACAGAUAUCAAAGUUGUUGACUUUGGAAGUGCAACGUAUGAUGAUGAACAUCACAGUACUUUGGUGUCUACCCGGCACUACAGAGCUCCCGAGGUCAUUUUGGCUUUAGGUUGGUCUCAGCCUUGUGAUGUUUGGAGCAUAGGUUGCAUUCUUAUUGAAUAUUACCUUGGUUUCACAGUCUUUCAGACUCAUGAUAGUAAAGAGCACCUGGCAAUGAUGGAACGAAUAUUAGGACCCAUACCACAACACAUGAUUCAGAAAACAAGAAAACGCAAGUAUUUUCACCAUAACCAGCUAGAUUGGGAUGAACACAGUUCUGCUGGUAGAUAUGUUAGGAGACGCUGCAGACCAUUAAAGGAAUUUAUGCUUUGUCAUGAUGAAGAACAUGAGAAACUGUUUGACCUGGUUCGAAGAAUGUUAGAAUAUGAUCCAACUCAAAGAAUUACCUUGGAUGAAGCAUUGCAGCAUCCUUUCUUUGACUUAUUAAAAAAGAAAUGAAAUGGGAAUCAGUGGUCUUACUAUGUACUUCUCUAGAAGAGAUUACUUAAGACUGUGUCAGUCAACUAAACAUUCUAAUAUUUUUGUAAACAUUAAAUUAUUUUGUACAGUUGUGUAAAUACUGUAUGUUUUGUAUCAAUAGCAUAAUUAACUUGUUAAGCAACUGUGGUCUUGAUAAUGCAAUAGAAAAAUUAAAAUUAAUUUUUCUUUUUGAGAUUACCAUUUUUAAAUACCUUUGAAAUAUCCUUUGUGUCCAGUGAUAAAUGUGAUUGAUCUUGCCUUUUGUACAUGGAGGUCACCUCUGAAGUGAUUUUUUUUUGAGUAAAAGGAAAUCUUGACUACCUUA